AUGGGGAAGCGUUUUAAUAAGCAUGCAAGAGUUAUAGUUGUGGUUUUUGCAUUGGUGUUAGGGUUAGUUGAAUGUCGAGCAUUCCAAAAGGACCAAUUUACUGGCAAAAAUGCAGAUAACUUAGGCCUUGAUGGUGGUUUUGGUGGAGGGGUUGGAGGUGGAUUCGGUGGUGGUGCUGGAGGAGGGAUUGGUGGCGGAGUUGGAGGAGGUGGUGGUGCUGGAGGAGGAAUUGGUGGUGGAGGCGGUGCUGGGGGAGGAUUCGGUGGUGGUGGUGGAAUUGGAGGAGGCAAAGGUGGGGGAGUAGGAGGUGGUGGUGGAGGCGGUGCUGGGGGAGGACUCGGUGGUGGUGGAGGAAUUGGAGGUGGUGCAGGAGGAGGACUUGGUGGUGGAGGCGGAGUUGGAGGAGGUAAUGGUGGAGGAUUAGGAGGUGGUGCAGGAGGAGGACUUGGUGGUGGAGGUGGAGUUGGAGGAGGUAAUGGUGGAGGAGUAGGAGGUGGUGCUGGAGGAGGACUUGGAGGUGGUGCUGGAGGCGGAGUCGGUGGUGGUGGCGGAGUUGGAGGAGGUAAAGGUGGGGGAGUAGGAGGUGGUUCUGGAGGAGGACUUGGUGGUGGAGGCGGUGCUGGGGGAGGACUCGGUGGUGGUGGUGGAAUUGGAGGAGGCAAAGGUGGGGGAGUAGGAGGUGGUGCUGGGGGAGGACUCGGUGGUGGUGGAGGAAUUGGAGGUGGUGCGGGAGGAGGACUUGGUGGUGGUAAAAGUGGAGGAAUUGGAGGAGGAGGAGGUUUUGGCAGUGGUGGUGGUGGAGGAAUUGGUGGGCGACAUUAAUUCCUCAAAUAAUUUGCUAGCUUCCUACAAUGCUUGCAUGGGGUGGCAAAAAAAAAGAAAGUAAGCCAAUAUUAUGAUGCGAAGAGUACAUCCAUCGACCAUGAUAAAUAAAAAGCAUUUCAAUUUUACAA